CUGCUAAGGAAAGAGAUCUAGAUGGGCCAGAUGCCGACUGGAGAGGGAUGGGAGGAGACACCGUAGGGUUUGGGGGGCUUGGUACAGCAGCCCUGGCCUCUGCACUGUGAUAGCUCCAAGCCAGAUGGUGCAGGGCAGCUGCUGGGCUGCUGGGAAGAGGGGCUGCACUUCCUGAGCUGGUGCAGCAGCAGAGUGGAUGAGGACCAGGACCCCGAGCCUGCCUGGCCCUCCAAGGCGGGGGACACCGGCUGCACCCAGGCUGUGACCUCAGCUGACUCCGAUGAUCCACAUGGGACGCAGGGUCUAAUUUUAGCUCCAGCCACAGGGGCCACAGCCCAGGAGUGUCUGCCAGCGGGCACAGGGGCAGCCAGGGCUGCUCAGGCAAGGGGAGGAGUGAGAAGACCAGCCCAGCUCCCUCCAGCCUGUCCCUGGCCAGGCCGCCCCCUGUGAGAGCUCUGACUGGUCCCCAUGGCCUGGCAGACAGCCCUCCUCUCAGUUGAGGGCAAGGUCAAGGGGUGCAGCCAGGAGGGCAGGGGGACACGGCCCUGCAUUCUGGACAGGGUUUGCAUCAGCCAGAGCAGUGCCCAGGGGCAGGGGUCCCUGCUGGGAGGGAAAAGACUGGCUUGGUUGUCCAAAGGCUGAGAAGGCAGAGUCCUGAGAGCAGGGGGGCCAGGCCAGCAAGCUGGGUCCCACCUGGCCUCCUCCUGCCUGGCUAGUGACUCACUGUCUGACCUUAGACAGGCGGCCUGGUCUGGGUGGGCCUUAGUCUUCCCAUCUGUACAAUGACAGUGCAGGACUAGCAGGUCGGUCCCAGCUCUGGUAUCCUGACCCAGGCCCUGUUCUUCCUGCUUGCUGGCAGAGGCCUCCCAGCUUCCCCAGCCCUGACUGUGGGUGGCCACAUGCAGUCGUGGAGGAGAAGAAAGUCCCUCUGGCUGGCACUGUCAGCCUCCUGGCUCCUGCUUGUCCUGCUGGGAGGCUUCUCCCUUCUCCGCCUGGCAUUGCCUCCCAGACCUCGGCCCGGGGCUUCCCAAGGCUGGCCCCGGUGGCUGGACGCAGAGCUCCUGCAGAGCUUCUCCCAGCCUGGAGAGCCCCCAGAAGAUGCCGCUUCACCUCCUCAAGCCCCUCAUGGUGGCAGCUGCAACUGGGAAGCCUGCUUUGAUACCUCAAAGUGCAGGGGCGAUGGCCUUAAGGUAUUCGUGUACCCAGUGGUUGGACCCAUCUCUGAGACUCAUCGCAGGAUCCUGGCUUCCAUUGAGGGCUCUCGCUUCCACACAUUCAGCCCUGCUGGGGCUUGCCUCCUCCUCCUCCUCAGCCUGGACGCCCAGACUGGAGAGUGCAGCUCAAUGCCUCUGCAAUGGAACAGGGGCAGGAACCAUCUGGUCCUCCGUCUCCACCCAGCUCCCUGCCCCAGGACCUUCCAGCUGGGACAGGCUAUGGUGGCUGAGGCCAGCCCCACGGUGGACUCCUUCCGGCCUGGCUUUGAUGUGGCCCUCCCUUUUCUCCCUGAAGCCCACCCGUUGCGAGGUGGGGCUCCUGGCCAGCUGCGGCAACACAGCCCCCAGCCCGGGGUAGCCCUGCUAGCCCUGGAAGAGGAGAGGGGUGGGUGGCGCACAGCAGACACCGGCUCCUCUGCCUGCCCCUGGGAUGGGCGCUGUGAGCAAGACCCUGGACCUGGGCAGACCCAGCGCCAGGAGACGCUGCCCAAUGCCACCUUCUGCCUCAUCUCUGGCCACCGUCCCAAGGCUGCCUCGCGCUUCCUCCAAGCCCUGCAGGCCGGCUGCAUCCCAGUGCUUCUCAGCCCCCGCUGGGAGCUGCCCUUCUCCGAGGUCAUCGACUGGACCAAGGCAGCCAUCGUAGCUGAUGAGAGGCUCCCGCUUCAGGUCCUGGCUGCCCUCCAGGAGAUGUCCCCUGCACGGGUCCUCGCCCUGCGUCAGCAGACCCAGUUUCUAUGGGAUGCCUACUUCUCCUCAGUGGAGAAGGUCAUCCAUACUACUCUGGAGGUUAUCCAGGACCGGAUCUUUGGAACAUCAGCUCACCCCUCACUGCUGUGGAACAGCCCCCCAGGGGCACUCCUGGCCCUGUCUACUUUUUCCACAAGUCCCCAGGACUUCCCCUUCUACUACCUGCAACAGGGUAUGCCCUGGGGAUGGGACAACCUGAAGUCCCCUCAGCUCUACCCAGGGCUGCCCCAGCCUCAUCUGGAGAGCCCCACCAAGACCCUUCCCAAGCCCCAACAUUUCUCCUGGCCCCUGGGAUUCCCUACUCAGGUCAUUCUUCAUGGGGUUCUGUUCCCUCCCACUCUAAGCCUGUGUCUCAUUCUCCCAGGCUCCCGCCCUGAGGGCAGAUUCAGCACCCUGAUCUGGGUGGGGCCCCCAGGCCAGCCCCCUCUGAAGCUCAUCCAGGCGGUGGCAGGCUCCCAGCACUGUGCCCAGAUCUUGGUUCUCUGGAGCAAUGAGAGGCCACUCCCAUCCAGGUGGCCGGAGACAGCCGUGCCCUUGACAGUCACUGAUGGGCACAGGAAGGUUAGUGAUCGCUUCUACCCAUAUAGCACCAUCAGAACAGAUGCCAUCCUCAGCCUCGAUGCCCGCAGCAGUCUUUCCACAAGUGAGGUGGACUUUGCCUUUGUGGUGUGGCAGAGCUUCCCAGAGCGAAUGGUGGGCUUCCUGACGUCAAGCCAUUUCUGGGACGAGGCCCAUGGUGGCUGGGGCUACACUGCUGAGAGGACCAACGAAUUCUCCAUGGUUCUCACCACAGCCGCCUUCUACCAUAGGUAUUACCACACUCUCUUCACCCACUCCCUGCCCAAGGCUCUGAGGACCCUGGCAGAUGAGGCACCCACCUGUGUGGACGUCCUGAUGAAUUUCCUAGUAGCAGCAGUCACCAAGCUGCCCCCUAUCAAGGUGCCCUAUGGCAAGCAGCGCCAGGAGGCUGCUCCACUGGCGCCUGGGGGCCCGGGGCCCAGGCCAAAGCCGCAGGCCCCAGCCCCCGGCUGCAUCAACCAGAUAGCGGCAGCGUUCGGCCACAUGCCCUUGCUGUCCUCUCGUCUGCGUCUGGACCCGGUGCUGUUUAAGGACCCAGUGUCUGUGCAGCGCAAGAAGUACCGCAGCCUGGAGAAGCCCUAGGGGGCGACCCGCGGAGACCCCAGCAGAGGUCCCAGCACAGUUUCCAAGGGUCGCGGCGCCUGCCUGCGGGCUCCGCUCUUGGGACACUGGAGAACCUAUCAUGGCAGCCAGCGGGCCUACACGUCGGACCCUGGUUGGCCAAUCACAACAGGGGGGCGUGGCCUUACCUUCUCCUGCCCGCCCUCAGGUGCGGAGCAUCUGCUGAGGCUGAGCCCCGCGCCCGGAGCGCCGCUCUCCGCUUCUCCACCCAGCUAACUUCUUGUCUUUCAGAGCAUUGCCUCCUCCAGGGACUUGCCUGGCCCUCCUCCCCCACCGCCCCCGAUGGGUUCGGUCUCUUUUGCGCUUUCGCAGCCCAGUGUUUGCCGCUGUUCCCGCACGGUCAGGCCCCAGUACUGGCUUGCGAGCCCCCGGGGGCGGGUCGUGUCGUGUCCUUUUCUCUCUGGCUAGGCAGGUGUGCCGCAAAUAUGUGACGAAUAGAUGGAUGGCAGACAUUAACUGCGUGCCUGGCCCUAUGCGGGCGGCGGCGGGACAGGGUGAGCGGAGAGACAGAACUGCCCCCGCCCCACCCCGCCACCCAUUCCUAGGGUUCCUAGUCCCGGGAAGGCAGCUACCCAAAGACGCCUGGGUUGUCAGGCUCAAUCCUUGAGCCUCAGCCAAGGAGCAGAGGGGUGCGGGUAAACGAGGAGUGGGGCGAGGAAAGCGGGAUGGGAACAAGUGGCCUGUCCCCGCACGGCCCGCGGCUCUGCCUCGGCUGUCUACCCUACACUACCGAGACCGACCACUAGAGGUCAGCGCCGCGCCGCACUGUUCACCCGCAUGGCCAGAGAACGGCCGGGAUGUGGAUGGUGAGCGCUGUGGGCAGCUCGGGGGCUGAAAGCUGGGAAGAGGAAUCUGGAGAACAGCCCCAUCUCUUUGGCCUGCACACUUGGAACUCAGUAAGAAGGGACUGUUUCUAGGUGGGCUGGGCGCGAGCAGGGACUGUCCCGAGCGGUACAGGUGAGAAUGGAGUUGGCCGGGGCGGGGGGGACACUAGGUCCUCCGGGGUUCACCCACCUGGAGCUGGAAUUAUCACUUCCGAAAUAAAGCGCGUGUCCUUGCCCCCUCA